UUUACUGGGCAAAUUGUCAGCAUGGCCAAGAGGGCAGUUUACAUGCCCAUCAGGGUGUGAAUAUGGAAAGUGAGAAAUAGUUCCCCGAUGCGAGGAACAUGGCAGACACCAGCAAUUGCCAGAAAAACUGGUACUCCAUACUAGGGGCUUCUCCCAGUGAUGAUUUACACGAGCUGAAGCAGAAGUAUCAGAGGCUUGUACUUAUGCUUCACCCAGACAAGCAGAAGCCCGGCAUCUCGGCGGAGGAGGCGUCCCUGCAGCUGCGCAGGUUCCUGGACGUGGAUCAGGCCUGGAAGGUGUUGGGCGACGAGGAGAGAAGGAGAGCAUUUGACCUGCAGCUGCGUGCUGAUGAGCUAAAGCAGAGCUGGCCAGUGGAUGCCUGUGUUCUGCUGGAGGACAUGUCCUGGGACAGUGAGUGCGGGAGUUACUCCUACGGCUGCCGCUGUGGCGGAGAGUUUGUCCUUGAGGAGGAGGAGACGGAGGACAUCGCAGUUGUGUGCUGUGACACAUGUUCGCUCAGUAUCGAAGUGAAAAGGUGUACGUGAUGGCUCCUUCCACUGCACAGGCCGUGUGUUGUGGUGCCUUACCUCUCUGGGUACUUACCUCACAGCUGGUAAACUCCUUUGUCAUUGAAAGACUAAUUUUGGUUUCUUGUCUUGUCUUCCCAUUUUGGUCUUUAUUUAGUCGAAGGAGUAUAAAAAAUGGUUUAUGCCAAAAUCAUGUUUCAUAUUAAUGUUUUGUUUAAUGUUUUGAUCUUAUCAUUUGCAAAAAAACACCCUUGUUCUUAUGCAGAAAGACCUUGCGUGUUUGUUUUGAUUCUUGUGCAUUGUUGUGAAAUAUUGUAAUUUUAACUUGUUUUAUUUGCAAUUAAUUUAUUAAAGAGGACUUCCGUCUUUGUUUCCUCUU